AGGAGACUUGAAGCCCUAUAUAACGAUGAACUCUCUCCAUUGAGUGAAGAUAAUUUAAAAAUAUGGCUUUGGUGUACAAAACGAAUCUCUCGUUACUUCUUCUCUCUCUUUUUCUAACCUUCAACCUCGCCUCCGCUCAACUCCGCCGCAACUUCUACGCGGGAAGUUGCCCUAACGUCGAACAAAUUGUCAGAAACGCCGUUCAGAAAAAAGCUCAGCAAAGUAUCAUCACCAUUCCCGCCACUCUACGCCUAUAUUUCCAUGAUUGCUUCGUCAAUGGAUGUGAUGCAUCAGUGAUGAUAGCGUCGACUGAUAGUAAUAAGGCAGAGAGGGAUCAUGAGGACAAUAUAUCGUUAGCCGGAGAUGGAUUUGACACCGUCAAUAAAGCUAAAGAAGCUCUCGAUGCCGUCCCAAAUUGUCGUAACAAAGUUUCUUGCGCCGAUAUACUCACGAUGGCCACUCGUGACGUUGUCAAUAUUGCGGGUGGACCAAAAUACGACGUGGAAUUGGGAAGGCUAGAUGGUCUAUCGUCGACGGCCGCUAGUGUCGAAGGGAAUUUGCCGCAUCCGACGGCCGGUGUCAACCAACUCACUUCGCUUUUUGCCAAAAAUGGCCUUAGCCUUAACGACAUGAUCGCUCUCUCUGGAUUCGCGCAUUGCACCAAAGUGUUCAAUCGGAUAUACAGUUUCAACAAGACAACUAAAGUGGAUCCCACAAUCAACAAAGAGUUCGUGACAGAGCUAAAAAGGUCGUGUCCUCAAGACAUAGAUCCAAAUGUAGUUAUAAACAUAGAUCCAACACCAAGACAGUUCGACAACGUUUACUACAAGAACUUGCAGCAAGGAAAAGGAUUGUUCACGUCUGAUCAAGUCUUAUUCACGGAUCGUCGGUCAAAGCCAACCGUUGACUUAUGGGCUAGUAAUGCACAGCUGUUUAACCAAGCUUUUGUUAACUCCAUGAUCAAGCUUGGUCGUGUUGGUGUCAAAACCGGCAGUGAUGGUAAUAUCCGUCGUGAUUGUGGCGCUUUCAAUUGAUCUGAAAAUAUAUAUAUAUAUGUUUUAUAAUAUAUUUAUUUCCUCCAUUCAGUUGUAUAUCCUUCAUAAAAUAAAUUGUCACAAAACGGUCUUUUGUAAAAUUGUAUGGUUGGUGAAAAAAGAUACGAGACCUAUAUCUAUAUGAUGUCGUUCUAUCA